CCGUGCUGUCAUCCGGCCUGCGCAGGCGCAACGCUCUUCUUCAUUGUUGCAAUUGAAUCAAAGCGACGGGUAUCUUUUCGUGGGCACCUUCUUCUGCCUCCUUUUCCCCUCGGGCCGGAGCUGACUCCAGCGCAGACAAGCAGGCAGGAUGCCGAUUAACAAAUCAGAGAAGCCGGAUAAACCUGACAACUCUGACAAUGUCAAGGUUGUUGUUCGCUGCCGACCUUUCAACGAACGAGAGAAAGCAAUGUGUUACAAGAUGGCCGUUAAUGUGGAUGAGAUGAGAGGCACCAUUACUGUCCACAAAACAGAUUCUUCCAAUGAACCUCCCAAGACAUUUACAUUUGAUACUGUUUUUGGACCAGAGAGCAAGCAGCUUGAUGUUUAUAACUUGACUGCGAGGCCAAUUAUAGACUCUGUUCUGGAAGGAUAUAAUGGUACCAUUUUUGCUUAUGGACAGACUGGAACAGGAAAAACAUUUACUAUGGAAGGUGUCCGUGCUGUACCAGAACUCAGAGGGAUCAUUCCAAAUUCCUUCGCUCAUAUAUUUGGACACAUUGCAAAGGCAGAAGGAGAUACAAGGUUUUUGGUUCGAGUCUCUUACUUGGAAAUUUACAAUGAGGAAGUGCGUGACCUGCUGGGGAAAGAUCAGACACAGAGGCUGGAAGUUAAAGAACGGCCUGAUGUGGGUGUCUAUAUCAAAGAUCUUUCAGCUUAUGUUGUAAAUAAUGCUGAUGAUAUGGAUAGAAUUAUGACGCUUGGACACAAAAACCGGUCUGUUGGUGCCACUAAUAUGAAUGAACACAGUUCCCGUUCCCAUGCUAUCUUUACAAUCACAAUUGAGUGCAGCGAGAAGGGGAUUGAUGGCAAUAUACAUGUGCGCAUGGGAAAAUUGCAUCUAGUAGAUCUUGCGGGAUCAGAAAGGCAAGCAAAAACUGGAGCCACUGGGCAGCGACUAAAGGAAGCUACAAAAAUUAACCUUUCUCUCUCUACCCUUGGAAAUGUGAUUUCUGCACUGGUGGAUGGAAAGAGUACUCAUGUGCCUUACCGUAACUCUAAACUGACCCGACUAUUACAAGAUUCCCUUGGGGGUAACUCCAAAACCAUGAUGUGUGCAAACAUUGGCCCCGCAGACUACAAUUAUGACGAGACUAUUAGCACUCUGCGAUAUGCCAACCGUGCCAAGAACAUCAAAAACAAGGCUAGAAUCAAUGAAGACCCUAAAGAUGCCUUGCUUCGCCAGUUUCAAAAAGAAAUUGAGGAGCUUAAGAAAAAGUUGGAGGAAGGGGAAGAGAUCUCUGGCUCUGAGUCAAGCGGCUCUGAAGAUGAUGAUGAAGAUGAUGAUGGAGAGAUUGGAGAGGAUGGAGAAAAGAGAAAGAAACGAAGGGGCAGUAGCAGCAGCAGUAGUUCAGACUCCACCUGCUCUGUCAUAGAGAAGCCUCUGGAUAAAUCCUUCACUAGAAAGAAGAAGGUUUCUCCUGAUAAGAUGAUGGAGAUGCAAGCCAAGAUUGAGGAGGAGAGGAAAGCCCUUGAAACAAAGCUUGACAUGGAAGAGGAAGAACGAAACAAAGCCCGGGCUGAACUUGAGAAGCGAGAGAAGGACCUGCUCAAAGCACAACAAGAGCAUCAGUCUCUCUUAGAGAAGUUGUCAGCCCUGGAGAAGAAAGUGAUAGUAGGAGGUGUGGAUUUGUUGGCAAAAGCAGAGGAACAGGAGAAACUUCUAGAAGAAUCUAACAUGGAGCUUGAGGAACGAAGGAGAAGAGCUGAGCAGCUCCGUAAGGAACUCGAGGAGAAAGAGCAAGAGCGUUUGGACAUAGAGGAGAAGUACACCAGCCUUCAGGAGGAAGCACAAGGGAAAACUAAGAAGCUGAAGAAAGUCUGGACUAUGCUAAUGGCUGCAAAGUCAGAGAUGGCAGAUCUGCAACAGGAACAUCAGAGGGAAAUUGAAGGCUUACUGGAGAACAUUCGACAGCUCAGCAGGGAGCUUCGUCUUCAAAUGCUCAUCAUAGACAACUUUAUACCUCAAGACUAUCAGGAAAUGAUUGAAAACUAUGUUCACUGGAAUGAAGACAUCGGAGAAUGGCAGUUGAAAUGUGUGGCAUACACAGGAAAUAACAUGAGAAAACAGACUCCUGUGCCAGAUAAAAAAGAAAAAGAUCCCUUUGAAGUGGACCUUUCCCAUGUCUAUCUAGCUUACACUGAAGAAAGCUUGAGACAGUCUCUGAUGAAGCUAGAGAGACCAAGAACUUCAAAAGGAAGAUCGAGGCCCAAAACUGGCAGGAGAAAACGUUCUGCAAAGCCGGGAGCUGUAAUUGAUUCAUUGCUUCAGUAGAGAUGGUGGAAUUGCAAUAAUGACCAGCGUGUAGCUUAAUACUUGGCCAAAAUCUACAGAUUCUUAUCUCUGGACAUCAUUGAGAAGUUUAAGGUGGUAUUGACAGAGAAGUCACUAUGAAGGCUUAUCAUUUGUGACAUGGAUACACCACAAAACACAUCUGCCCUUACGUCCUUUGUUAUCCUAACUUAAUACGUUCAUUCUAAGCUGUAUGGUGAUUGUGAGCUUGUCAUUGUGGCUGAUGCUACUCCAGAUGUUGUGCAAGAGAAGCUGUUGGGAUGUGACCUGUGUAAAAAUGAAAUGUGUCGGAAGAAGACAUUUUGUGAGUGACUAUUUAAAUCACAUUAGCCUUGUUGUAAGUAGACAAAUGUAACCUCACAUCCUAAGAGCUCUCUUUUGCUUUGUAUAUUGCCACUUGCAUUGUUCCAUUUUGCAGACUUCACUCUUUUUUUUAAAGAGUGGUAAUUGUAGAUUUGUGGAGUUCUCUGAAUUCCCUAAAAUAUCCUCCACAAAUACCUAUAUAUGUAAUUUCCCAUUCCUUUAGCAUAGACUAUUCCUGUGCAUAGACUUGGGCUUAGGUCUCCCAGAAGAUUUCUGUUAUUGGAAGGAGUUUCUCUCUAUGGUUUGUGACUUUCCUGCUUCUCCUCUUGUUGCAGCCUAAAAUGCUCCCUGAAAUGCUGCUUUUGGGGCACUGGAAAUCCCCAGGAAUAGCAUGAGGUGGUACCCCCCACUUACACAAAAAUUCCCUGGUGGAUCCAAGUCUUCAUGCUGUUGCAUGUGUAGGUGGCACUGGGUUGGUCCAUAUCCCGAGGGAAGGGAAUUAUUUGAAUAUAAAUUGCAGUAUGUGUUUUCCUUCAAAGGAGGCCAUGCUUGAUUAUGGGAAGAAUCUACUUAACAUUGCUGCUGUAUAACUUCCAUUAAUUUAAAUAUGGACCGGAAGCUCCUAUUAAGGUUGAAAGGGAGCAGUAUGUUGUGGCUUGGAUCCAUUGUUCUGGUAAAAUACAUUGUCAGUUCAGCAGACCUCAGGUGCUCUUUUUGCAAGAACAGGGAGGGAGAUUUUUAUUUCCAGCAGGCUCCUAAUUCAGUGCUGAAAGACAGCAAGAGGAGCCUUGUUUGGUUGGAUUUGAGGCUUUGUUCACAUAUUAUGUAGAGGCAGAGAAAGAAGCCAUGCAAGUGACUUCCGAUUCCUGAGAGGAAUUGGGGGGAAUCUUGCUUACAGUGAGAUCAGUGAGGCAUCUGGGUACCAUGAUCAACAAUCACCCUUCUUUCCCUCUGCCAAUAGGCUAUUACCAACUAGCUUUCUGAGACUUAGUUUGACUGGAAAUUAUUUUUUUUACUGUUGAAACUCCCAGAUUCCUGGCAUCUAAAAUAAGUUUUUCCUGGCUUCCCACGAGAGCAUCUGCUGUUGUGUGUGGCUGCGGCAUAUUACUCAGGAUUUGGGUCUUGAAAACGAAAUGUUAUCAGGUUCCAGGAAGUGCAAAGGAGUAUUUUUUAAGGGUAAUGCCAUUUUAGAACAAAGACUUGAUUCUUUUUACACUCAAACCACCAAAUAACCUACUUGACUGGGAAGACUGAGCUUGGAAAUGUUCUAAACAAGCCCAGUUUUAUGCUGUUUUGUCGUUUUGGUGGAGGAAUGAUAGCAUCUCCUUAAGACAUCAAGAACUUGCCUUAUCUGCUGUUAUCAGGACUGUUUAUAAAGCAAGCAGUGGGAUUGCACUAGUGAAGCGGCUUAGUGCAUUGGUGCUCACUCAUAUUUUCUGUUUCCGCUUAAGGAUGCUUCUUCGCUUAUCCUUCUACCUAUUUAUGGACUUUUCUGCUUAUCUUCCAAACCCACCCUCCUACUGAGGACCUUAAACUGCUAUUUAACACAUACUCUUUUUGUUACAUGUACAUGAUGUUAUGAUCAAAAUGCACUCUGUAGCAGAUGAAGAUCUGUAAUGUUAACAUAAGCUGACUGUGUGACUUGAACUGUAAAAGAAAAAAAGACUGGCAAUGUCAUAUUAAAUGCUCCAAACAAAAGGAGGGAUGUGGUUAUGACAUGGAAAAAGUUGAAUUAAUUUGGUUGAGUCUUAGUCAUUGUUGCUUUUAUAAAUGCAAUAAUUUCAGCUAGGGAAUACUUGAAUACAUAUGUGAAGCAAGUACGCGGGCGGAUUAAAUGUCUUUUUCAGCAUAGCGGACUAUAAUUCAGGUUUGCUGUUGCCCUUCCUGUUGAGAGCCAGGAUAAAGGUAGGAGUAACUUUGAAACUCAGCAUUGGGUCUGAACACCAAAAAAUGUGCUAUACAAGCUUACAACUUGUAUAUCUUGUGGUACUUGGUCAUGAAACCACUAAACAUUUAAUUAAAUAUCUAUUUUUAAAGAAAUUGAA